AUGGACGAAGCUGGAUUGUUCUACGGUGAAAGAGAGGAGUGUGACGAUGAAGAUGAUCUGGAGAUUACAUCACUUUUCGACGAAGUCGUCGAUCUUGAAGGUAAGGAAAUUUUGACAAGAAGAUCAUCUCCUCGUCUUCUGGAGGAGUGCAUCAUUGUGAAACGAGAUAUUGACAUUUUGUUCCCCGCACAUUACGAAUUCCUGAGCUCGCCUGAGGCCGUUGUAGACGAGCGUGCAUCUUCACUUGUAGGGCUCUACGACCUCUACGAGUCUGGUUUGCAACCUACAAUUCGGUGUGAUGCUUCACAAGACCUUCUCAAACAUGACACGGGGAUCUUGUAG